CGAAGACGGUCUGUUCAUCCACGUUAAGGUUUGACAAUAAGAAGUUCCGGCUGCUAUUUCCUUGGAGACGUGUGAAUAGAUAUCAUAUCUCACAAACCAAAUGUGUUCCCUUUCCAUAGCCUUACGUCAUAAUGCUGGCUGUUUGCCAGGAUAUGCCUUGGGCUGUCGCGGCCUCCACUCCACGUGCUCCAUCAUAGCGCCUUAUCAUACAGCGGGCCACUAAUUUCUGCCCUUUGUCUAAUCCCCGCCUCUCGCCUCAUCUCCUCCCGGCGCCGUAACUCAAGGCAGCCCAUUUCAUACUUGUAAACAGCCCGCCCAUUUGGUCAAUCCCUCUGCAAUCUGGUCUUUUUACGCUCGUCUGGGGAUCAGGCGGAUAUGUUCUCCAUUUUUCUAACACUCGAAAUAAGUCCCGGUGUCCGUAUUGGACAUCGAUCUCCGUCCUUUCCUGAGGGAACCAGAGGUUUAAUGACUUGCCGUAUGCUUGGGCUCAUGUCCGUUCCAUUGAUAUUCACUCCCGCUGCUUGGACUACCUCUCCGCCGACUCGCAUCGUCAUUCCGAUAAGAGGAAGAGAUGUUUAGCUUCGGUUCUGCUCUGCCGCCUCCUUGAUCUUUGCUGGCCCCAAUACUUCAGCUCAGUGAGUGCGGGCUCUGUUGCUGCUUCUGUAGCUCCGCUAAGAGUCUUACCUGAAGAUCAUUCGCACGUGGGUGGAGAAGAUACAACAUUUCUCCCGCUCGACAAAGCUGAAGAGUUCAGCCACCUUCCGUGAGAUUUUAUCUCCUGUGAAGGUGACCGAGCUUUCCGCACAAGAAGAUUACGGUUAUGUGGAGUGGAGACUGACAAAUCUUAUCUGCAAAGUACAUAUGUUCCUGCAGUCUCUGAGCCGAGGAUCAGGGCCAGGAAUAGCAUUUCAGUCUCUGGAGAAGAUAAACCGCCGAGUGAGUCCCGAGUCAGUAACUUCAGAGAGGAAGACUGUCUGUUCCUGAGAGACAAUCCGUGCUCACUCAUGAAUGCCUGCUACUCUGGAUAAACUUCGCUGCGACGAGCACACGUACGUACGGAGAGCACGCUGAUGUUGCCAUGUCUGACUGACGACGAACUGCUAUGUAGCAAACGAUGACCAAGAGCGUCCUUAGGCUUCCACUGGGGGUGGUGUUGGCCUUGACACUAUGUCCCCAUCCCUCAGUGAACAAACUCACAGGAUGCGAGUACCCGAACGUCACCACCGGCAUGCUGGAGUACAGACCGUGCGAACCGAUGGUCAUGGACAUGGCCAAACUGGUCGACCCAGUGGUGGAGCCGGCCAACAUGACCUGUGGUAACACCGGGUCGGAGUUUUGUACUAUGGAUGCUCCAUCUACAUGCGAAGUCUGCGAUGCUCGUAUUUCGGGGCUCGCCCACCCACCGAAGUUCAUGACCGAUGGAGAAAAGGGACCACAGCCUAUAACAUGGUGGCAGUCAGUGUCCUGGCUGAACUACCCAUCCCCGCUGCAAGUCAACAUCACAUUCUCGUGGCAAAAAACGUUUGAAAUCACCCAAAACAUCAGAAUAGUUUUCCAGUCCCCUCGCCCGUACCAGAUGAUCAUCGAGAAGUCGCUAGAUUACGGCGCGACGUGGCAGCCGUGGCAGUACUAUGCACGCAGCUGUCGAGAUGCGUUCGGGAUGCUGCCGGCCAGGGCCAGCACCAUCUCCCGGAGGGACAUCACCAACGUCAUCUGCACACAGCUGUACAGCAACACCCUUCCGCGCAAGAAUGGCGAGGUGUUACUGGAGGUGGAGGAUAGGUUCAGGUUAUAUCUGAACGGCAGAAAGAGUGGCAAGAACAUCGACAUCGAACUGCAUCAGCACAAGGGCUUGGAAAAAUUCGUGUCCCUGACGGACAUGAGAAUACGGUUGCUGCAGCCAGCCACUAACGGCGUCUAUAGCAGGACUUCUGCAACUUCCAACGAACUCAUGAGAUAUUACUACGCAAUUUCUGAUAUCCAGAUCAGGGGCAGGUGUAAAUGCAACCUCCACGCCAGCUACUGUCUUAGGGAUACGAAGACUAAGAAGUUUUAUUGCGAUUGCAAACAUAACACAGAGGGGUCCGACUGCAACAAGUGUAAGAAGAACUUCGUCGCCAGACAGUGGGCGUCCGGCAGCUACUAUCCACUGGGUACAGGUUCAGCAAAUGAGUGUCGAACAUGUGAAUGCAACACCCAUUCUGACCGCUGCCGGUUCAUCCAAGUGCUGGGGUACGUGGUCUGUAUCGGGUGUUACCAUAACACCAUGGGCAGGAACUGUGCAGAGUGCCGCCCCGGGUACUACAGAGAUGCUACCAAGGAGAUCACCGCACACGAUGUCUGCAAAGCCUGUGACUGUAACCCCAUGGGUUCGAGACACGACAAAUGCAACGCCACGACUGGCAAGUGCCAGUGCAAAGACGGUGCGGAUGGCAUGCGCUGUGACAUGUGUGUGGGAGCUUACUACUGGACAAGAGACAAAGGAUGCCAAAAGGCCGUUUGUACCUUCAGCGAGGACAACAACUGCAAAAACGGCGGGACGUGCGACAACUACGAGAGAUGCAUCUGCCCAGAGGGAUAUACCGGCAGGCUUUGCGAGCGGGCAAUCGGUAUGACGUCACCCAGGAAAAAUGGCGGAGUGAAUGUAGCCACAAGAAAGAUGCCGGGACAUACAUGCACCCUAAUGGCUGUCCUGACUGUCAUAUUUUUGAAUAUGAUAUCCUGACAUACGUAGACAACAGCACCGACUGACAAAGCUUGAAUUGACUUAAAAACACGAACUUUUCUCAUGAAUUGUAAAAUACAAGCUUAAAACUAUUGAAUAUCAAACCCUUUGGUUUGUAAGAUAGCUAUUGGAAGUGGUUACAUUCUUCUGUGACCCCGAGGUUUUGGGAACGAUUGACUAAAAUCCUUACUCCUGUCAAAAUUAAGUAGCGAACAAUUUUAAAAUGUCAAAAAAAAAAACUCCAUGGAUACUUCCCUGCAUGAAUAUUUGUAGGCAAACCAAGCUCAUGUCCAAAAUGCCCAAUCUUGACUCCACCCAUCAGUGGUUGAGGAGUGUAAUGUUUAAGAUGAUGGGCAUCGGUUAUGAGCAAAUAAUUUCUCAGAUGAAAUAAUCACAACUGUUGCUUAAAUGUGCGUCUCAAUGUUGAC